UCUGAUUUUACUAUGGUUCUGAGAUGUAGUAACCUUUCAUGCCUAUCUCUUUCAGCAAUCAUGUCCGACGACGAGGAGCAACUUUCUGGAGAGGAGGAGGAGCUUGAAGACGAACAGGAAGCACCAGAGGAAGAAGCUGCUGAAGAAGAGAGCAAAGCCGAAGAACCAGAUGAGGCCACUGGACAGGGUGACGCUGAACCUGAGCCAGAAAAGCCAAAAGCUCGAGCUCCUCCAACACAGGGAGAGAAACCACCAGCAGAGAUGACUGAGGCUGAAGCCGCAAUGAUGGCAGCCAAGAAACGUCACGAGGAAGAAGAGGCAGCUAAGCUCCUCAACUACGAGCAGAGAAGACAGCUUGAGAAAGAGCAAAUUGAAGCUGAACUCCGUGAGCUGAAAGAGAAGCAAGAAAGGAGACGCGCCGAGAGAGAAGCCGAGGAGGCCGAGUUUAAUGAGAGGAGAAGACAGGAUGAGGAGCGCCGUCGAAAGGAAGAGGAAGAGCGCAAGAUGAAGGCCGAUGCUGAGAAGGCUCGCAAAAACGAGGAGAAAUCUCGUCGUCAGCAAAUGAUGGCUGGUUCCUUCGCCGGCGGACACUCCGCCGGACCAGGAGAAGGACGCAACUUCAAAGUCAACAAGGGAGAUCAAGCUGACAAGUUUGGAAACUUGGCUCAAGGUAGCAAACCAGUCGCCCAAUCAAAAGAACAGAAAGAAGAGGCGAAGGCUGCCUUUUUGGCUGCUGUAUGCCGUGAAGUCGAUAUUUCUGGCCUGCUUCCAAAUGAUCUGAAAGAAAGAAUAAAGACGCUGCAUGGUCGCAUCACCAAGCUCGAAACUGACAAGUACGAUCUCGAGAAGCGCCUUGAGCGCCAGGAGUACGACAUGAAAGAACUUCAUGAGCGACAGCGCCAGGUCGCAAGAAACAACGCGCUCAAGAAGGGACUUGAACCUGAGGAAGUAGCGUCGACGUUCCUACCUCCAAAAAUAUCCACCGCCUCUAAAUUCGACAGACAGAUCGACAGAAGGUCAUAUGGAGACCGCCGCGGACUGUUCGAGGCCCCGCCUGUCAAGAAGCUCCCGACCAUUGUUCAUGGAACCGCCCGUCCUCCUCCCGAAUGGGGAAGAAAGACAAAUGAGGAACUGGAGCAGAUUAGGAAAAGUCUUGAGCCACCAAAGUACGUUGAACAAGUGAAGGUCGAAGGUGCCCGUCCACCGAUCGCCCCAGUUCCACUGCAGAUACCUGACAAGGACUUUGAAGAAGUACCAGUAGAUGGAGUUGCCCCUGUCAGGGCUGAAGAACAACCGGAGCCUGAGGCCGAGCCCGAACCAGAGCCAGCACCAGAACCAGUCAAGAAGCCAGCUCCACCAGCCAAAGCGGCCAGGGGAGUCAAAGCGUAAUCGCUCCUCUCACUCAAUCCCACGUCCAUUUGUGAAUCUUCUCCAAACUUUGCUUCUUCGCUUAAUCGCGUCGCGAGCAGGCAACGAUUGGGCCAUUGUAAUGAUCUGCAGCUGUUGGAUUUCGUACGCAAUGUCGAGUUGAUACGCAGUUGUAAUAUUACCUCUAC